UGGUACAAUGGGGCUAAUAGGGAGUGAGAUAGGGAGUGAACAGGCUCUCCAUAGACAGGCUCUGGCUGUGCAGACAGGUAGGGAAUCUGCUGCGGGACGUAAACAUAUACUGUCUAUGAGUGUUCCCUUGUACUCUGUCCUGUGUGAUCUACCUACCUAGCUGGUUAGGUUUUCUACAUGAUAAACUGCACGGCGCUUGAGUAACCACCACAAAUCUUCGUUGCAACAUAUCCGCCACAAGGUCAGACAUGAGGCUCUGCUUCCUUAUUCUGCUCUGCCUGGCAGCAGCCCUGUCAUCCUUUGUGAUUUCACCUCCACACAUGUGGACCAAACUGAUCCUGACCCACCACUGGCCCAGCACCUUCUGUAGUAUGGAACACCCAGCAUGUCAUCCCAACAUUAGCUACUGGACACUACAUGGACUCUGGCCAGAUAAAGGGAUUGACUGCAAUUCAUCGUGGCAUUUCAACUCUUCUCAAAUAGAGGACCUGCUUCCAGACAUGAAGACAAGUUGGCCUGACUUGCUUAACCCCUUGUCUGCUUCUUUCUGGAAGUAUGAGUGGCACAAACAUGGUACAUGUGCAGCCAAAGCACCUUCUCUGAAUAGUCAACAUAAAUACUUCAGCAAGGCACUGGAACUAUACCAUAAAGUGGAUUUGGACAGCAUCCUGAAGAAGUUUGACAUCACCCCUUCAGAAAAAUACUACAAGCUUUCACAAAUUGAAGGAGUCAUAGAGAACUUCUACAGCAUCAAACCUAAGAUCCAAUGUGUCCAACCAUCAAAGAAUGCUGAUUUCCAGAUUUUGGGGCAAAUUGAGAUCUGUUUCAACCCCGACUUCACCCUCCUGGACUGUGAGAAACAGUUUACAAUGGAGACAACAUCUAAGGGAGACUGGCACAAUCCCGUUGCGGUUGACAAGGCAUCUGGGUUCAGUGUGUGUGACCAUGAUGUGCCAGUUUACUACCCACCUCUUCCAUAAAACACAUACAUGUGCAAACUGAAACGCAGCAG